UACUCAUCGACAGUGCCCUCGAACCUAUUUGGCAGGCUGUGGGUCAACAGGUCCCGCUAAAUUCUCCACAGAAGUUCUCGUGCGAGACAGGCAGCAUGCAAACUGCACAGAUUCACUACCCAGCCUCCAACGCGCUCUCAGCCUAUAUACGACCGAUGACUUCAAGCAUUCUAUUGACCAACAAUCAUGGCCACUUUUGCUUCCUCCUUCCACAUUAACCCCGCUUCAGCGCUGUCUCAGGCAACGCAGUCCACUCCAGCUCCAUGGCUGGGUCCAGCAUUCGGUGCUCUAACCACCCUCAUCAACCUGCUGGCUAAAGCAGAGUCCAACAGAAAUGGCAUACGACAACUCGAGGAACGCUGCCUCAGUUUUCUGGCUAUCAUCAGGAAUGAAGGCGAAAGCAUGGCGCCGGAUGACCAAACCACGCUUUGCUCAGGCGCACAAAGCACCAUCCAAGGCAUCCUCGACAGAAUGACUCCAUGGUGCUUGAUGUCUCGAAUCAAGCUAUUCAUCAAACAGGAUGAACUCACCGGAGUAAUUCAACGAUGUCAUUUUGAGAUAUCUGAUUGCUUGAACAAGUUACAGAUAACCUCGCACCUCGAGAUCCACAAAUGGCAGUCUGCCUUCGAAGACAACCAAAGGAUCGACAACGAAUAUAUGAUCCACUAUCUCGGGGACCUCAAAAACAAACAGGAGAUUCUCUUGAGCGACCAGCUGCAACAAACCGCCGUCGUAAACCAGAUCUUGAAGGUGAUGCAAGAAAAUCUUCCGGUCCACUUCUCUGCAACACCUGAAUACGGUCUGGAAAGUAACUUGUACAAUCUCCUCCAAAAUUCCAGAAGUUUACUUCCGAACAUGAACCUGCAACGCGGGGAAGUGAGGCGUACCAGUAAUCAUGCUGUGAAUGGGACGAGUCGGACCGAUGUCUGGGAAGGAUGCUACCUUAACGAGGAGAAGGUUGCCAUCAGAGUCCUGCGCGCAGUCUAUGUUACACCCAAGACGCUCAAGAGGUUCAAGACAGAGGCAGAGAUUUGGAGAAGAGUGUAUGAAGUGGACAAAGGAGAACACAUCCUUACGAUAUACGGUUUCUGUCAGACUGACGGGGAAUAUCCUUACACCGUAAGCCCCUGGAUGUCCAAUGGGACCUUGAAAGACUACGUCAAUCAACAUCCUGAGGUUGACCACCGAUAUAUGUUGAAAGGCAUUGUUGAGGGCAUCAAAUUAUUGCACAGCAUGUCUGUUGUUCACGGCGACAUUAAAGGGGUCAACAUCGCCAUCAGCCCAGAUGGCAGGCCACUGCUUUCCAACUUCGGUUUCACAAGGCUCGAGGAGGAGAUUAUGAGCCACUUCGACGUCAGCAAUGGCAGCACUCUUAACCAGGAGUCUCUGAGAUGGUGUCCUCCUGAGCUGUGCAGGAGCGGAGGCAAACGUACAAUGGCGUCCGACGUCUAUGCCUUCAGUAUGACCGUGCUCGAGGUACUUCUAUCACGUUUGGUUGAUCAGCCAGAUUUUGAACCGCCUUCGCAGCUUAUGACUCAUGAAGAACCUUGGGCGUCGGUUCGCCUCGCAACUCAAGUCAUCCUCAAGGUUUGUCUGGGCGAAACUCCACCUCGACCCACGAAUCCAGUCGCUGUAGAACGAGGCUUGGAUGACGCGCUUUGGGCUUUGUUGGAGAAGUGUUGGUGUGAGGACAUGCACGAUAGACUUACUAUGCAAGAGAUCGCGAGUUACUUGUAAUGCCAGGUUUGUAAUGUUCGUCUCUAUAGUAGCCUGUAUAGGCGUAUCUUCGCAUGUAAUAAUAAUGCGUU